CGCUUGGCACGUAGUAGGCUCUCAACAAAUUGGAUGCAAGCAUGCAUGGACGACCCUACGCUGGUCCGGAAGAACACACUUUCCUGGACUCCGCAUUGCAGGCUUUUGCUCAUUCUGCAAGUCUUCGCUCAGCUGUCACUAGAGGAGCCGCGCCGUGCCCUACGACGGCAGUCCGAUGCCCCGUCCCACCUUCGGGCCGCUGUCUGUUGUAUCACCUCUGAAUGCCAUCACCGAGAGCACGUCAGCCCCAUGGCUGUCCCACGUGACUCAGAUGAGACCUCCUAUUUGCUGCCUCCAAGCAGGAAGGACUGGGAAGGGCAAGCCAUUCCUGACUUUGUCUACGGGCCGAAGGACCUGGUUUGGGAAGGGAUUCAGUGGCCGGGGAGCGCGCCCAGCCUCCUGGAGGACCCCGUACCUCCGUCUCGCUUCGACCGUGCGCUCCGCUCCGCCUGGAGGCAGCGGAUGGGGCUGGGGCUGUUCCGCUACCGUCUGGGGGAGCUGCAGACGCGAACCCUCCCUGGCGCCGUGGGCUUCGUGGCCCAGCUGAACGUGGAGCGAGGUGUGAAGAGGCGGCGUCCCCAGGACAUCCACAGCGUGAAGCAGGCGUUUGACCCCGCGCAGUUUAACUUCAACCGGAUCCGGCCCGGAGAAGUCCUCUUCCGUUUGCUCGGGGCGCCUGACCCCCCAGGCGCUGCGCAGCAGGAGGAUGUCCUCGUCCUGAUCAACGUGAGCCCCCUGGAGUGGGGCCACGUGCUGCUGGUGCCCGAGCCCGCCCGGGGGCUCCCCCAGCGCCUGCUGCCCGGGGCGCUGCGGGCCGGGGUGGAGGCCGUGCUGCUGAGCUCACACCCCGGCUUCCGCGUCGGCUUCAACAGUCUGGGCGGCUUGGCCUCGGUGAACCACCUGCACCUGCACGGGUUUUACCUGGGACACAGACUGCCGGUGGAGGGGGCACCCAGUGAGCCCCUGGACCCCGGGGGGCAUUUGCACCUGCUCCAGGCCCCCCCGGCCCCCGGCUUCCUCUUUUACACCAGCGGGCCAGGGCCCGACUUAGAAGCCUUGGUAGGCAGGGUGUGUCGGGUCACUGACUAUCUGACUGACCACGAGAUUGCCCAUAAUUUGUUUGUGACCCGGGGGGCCCCACCUGGGAAGGCAUCACGCUCCUCAGCUCUCACGGGGGUCCGAGUAAUUCUGUGGGCCCGGAAGUCCAGCUUUGGGGUAAAGGAAGGCGAGGCAUUCAACGUCGCCCUCUGUGAGCUGGCCGGGCACCUCCCUGUCAAGACGUCCCAGGAUUUCAGCACUCUGACCGAGGCGGCUGCUCUGGCCCUCAUUCAAGACUGUCUGCUGCCCCCCGCCCAGGCGGAAGAGGUCCAGGCAGCGCUGGUGGCCUUGAUAGCCCAAGACGAACAGUAAGCCUUCUGGAAGUAUUUAUUCUCUACGUGGUCCAAGCCCCUUUCCAGAAAGCCGUCCACAGGGGUCAUUUGAGCAUUUCCAUGGCUACCUCCUUGCCUGUCUCAGCCUAAGGGGGACGGGUAAAGAAUUGACAAGGGGUCUCUGUAAAGAGAAUCUUAGAAUAAAUCGAAUGAAUGAGCCUUCAUGAAUGUAUCUGCUUCUCCCCUUCCACCCUGGACAAGCCUCGGGGACAUCCAAGCUGUCACUGAGAAGGGAGUGUGCGCAGGAGUUCUGUACUCCUGACUUUACAUCUGGACUUUUCCUUUCACGUCACAUCCUGCAAGCCUUUGCACGUGCAGACUCCCGCAGCACCGCCUUGCUUUGCUUGCCGGUCCAGUCCGAAGGACGAAGGGAUGACUGUUACAGCAGAGUGGAUUUUGCGUCCCAGCUGAUAAGCCAAAAUAUCAAGGUUUUCCCCGUUUUUCCCCCAGGACUGCUGUUCAACGGAAUGCCUUCUCUGUCCAAACCAAGUUUUUCCCUGAGAAAGGGGGAGAAAAAUA